ACACAGCUAAGUAUUCGCAACUUGCUCGAAUACGCAGACCAUGUGCGACCAUAGCAGUUAUCGAACAGUUCGGAGGAAGAAACAACAGAUGAAAUUAAGAGAGGCCAGAGAGAAAGAUACGGUCAUCUUCAAGAAUUAAACUUUUUUCCACACAUCGAAGUGAACCUGCUGUAGCAGGGAGAUGAAAUUAUAUAAGCAGAAACCUGAAAUCGCAAUGGAGGAGAGCAAUGGACCUCCCCCAAGAUUGCCCACUUCAGUUAUGCAUUCUGUUUACUCACAUUUCCAGUCAAAAAUUGGAAAGCCCCUAGAGGUUAAUUUUGAAAGAUUAAAAAGGGGCGGAGAUGUAUUAAUGGCUUCACUUGUUAGAAAAAAUGAGGCAUCUCUGGUCUUAGAUGUUGAUCUUGAGAACCAAAUGCAACCUUGGAAAGAGAAUCCUGUCUGGACUGAUCAUCCUCCAGAUAUAAAGGUGACCAUACCUGAAGGUUCACUGUGCAAGAUGAACGUAACAGUGGAUGUUGGAUUGCCACCAGAUGCAGUUUACAACAUUGUAACUGAUCCUGAGAAUAAGAAAGUUUUCAAGAAUAUUCAGCUUAUACUCUCAUGUGGUUGAUAUAAGGAUGAUAAUUAUCCAACAGAAAGUGGUAUCAAGGAAGGUGUUGGUUGAUGAAGGGUCAAGGCAGGUUGUGGAACUAGAACAAGCUGCUUUGUGGAGAUUCCUUUGUUGGUCAGGGACAAUAUCAGUGCAUGUCUUAGUAGACCAGAAUAGAGAGGAUCGCACGAUGAAGUUCAAACAAGUAAAAACUGGUUUCAUGAAAAAAUUUGAAGGUUGUUGGAGAGUUGAACCUCUUCUUGUUGAUGAAGAUGUAUGCCAUCUAGUAAGACCUAAGAACUUGGCUGAUUAUGUUUUGUGCACAGAAGGAAAAGGAAGGGUUGGAUCAAGGUUAAGUUUGGAGCAACUUAUCCAGCCUGCUCUUGUUCCUCCCCCACCCAUUUCUUGGUACAUUAGAGGAAUCACAACCAAGACUACAGAGAUGAUUAUAAAUGACUUGCUAGCUGAAACGGCCAGGAUUCGAAGCUCAUCUAGCAUGGAGAAUUCGAGAGGUUCCGUGGUAUCAUCCAAUGAGAGGUCUAGUGAAUCACAAUUUGAAAAUCUAGGCAAUAUAAAGGAGAGAUGGGCAUCAAGAAGAAAAAAAACAAGGAAAUGUGGUAGAAGACUGUCUUGCAAAGAUUCUGCCAAUAAGUGAUGCAUGCUUGUCAAAGAUAAUAACCCCUUGUAUACAAAAUUGAUGUAUGUAACCUUAGGCCAUGAGACAUCAGGUCAAGGUUGUGUAACAUGUCAGUUCAGAAUCUUGACUAGCCAGAUCGGUUCAAAAGUCGGACCAAAUCAGAAAGUUAAGUCCAAUUAAUAACAUCCUAGUGCUCAAAAAGAGUAUACUGUAUACAAACAUUAAGAUUGGUGUGUUUCAACUUUCAACUAGCGAGGACAAUUAAACUCCCUUUUAG